GAGAUAACAACAUACUUCACCAUUGUGAUGAAAAUAAUUUCACUUAUGUUUACGGAAAUAAUUUUGUUACGGUGUGUGAAGUAUUAAAAGAAUAUCAUGAUAAGCAUCUCAAAAGCACCAGGAAAAACUGAUCAGGCUAAAUCGGGGCUAAAAUUCUAAUGGAGUGUAACACAUUACCCUGUGAGCGAAAAGGAAAGUGCGCAGUAAGUGUAAGAUAUGCUGUCAAUCUCAUGUCCUGCAUGAUGCAAAGGUUGUAGGGAGUAAGUAACACCUAAUUGUGUAGUUAAAAUGAUCAUUGGACAUACAUACAGGGACAUUGCAAGAAUAUUAUGUGGUUUGUUGUUUUUCAACCCUAUUCUGUGGUGUCUAACACAUGCAGCACAUAUCCGCCUUUUCCACCAGUGCUGCUGAUUCUCCUGUUGCCUCUCAAAGCUGCUGCUGUUCCUGCGACAGCCUGUGCCACUUGCGCUCCUGCCCCUUUGCUGUGUCACUGCUGUGGACGCUGGCAGGAACAAGAACAUCAGUGAUGGCAGAAAUUACGUCCUUGAAAGAAGCCAUUUUUUAUUAUUCGAGGAUGUUACCGGUAGAUAACAGACUUCUAAACUUACAGAUCUACAAACUUCUUCAGUGCAUUCACCAGAAAGACAAGAAGCAAAUAGAAAAGCUGGUCCAGAAUGGAUUCCCAAAUCUCAUUAAUUUCACAGAGCCUGUGGAAGGAUAUAGUGCCCUUCAUUUGGCCUGCAUUAAAAAUGACACCGACAUGUGCAGCUUCUUGCUGGAACAGGGAGCUCAUCCAGAUGUCCAGGACAAAAUGGGACGUACUCCAGCAAUGAAGGCAGCUGAGCUAGGCCAUGAGAUGGUUUUGGAUUUACUAGCAAAAGCUAAAGCAGACAUGACUGCUGUGGAUAAUGAAGGGAAAGGUGUUUUGUUUUACUGCAUUUUACCUACAAGGCGGCACCACCACUGCACACAAAUCGCCUUGGAUUAUGGUGCAGAUGUUAACAACUGUACUACUGAUGGGAAGCCUGUAUUUCUACAAGCCUGUGAGCAAGCUCAUGAUAUUAAAGAAAUAUGUCUGAAUUUCUUAGAAAGAGGAGCAAAUCCCAAUGCAAGAAACCCAGCUACGGGUCGCACAGCCUUAAUGGAAGCAGCAAGAGAAGGUGUUCUCGAGCUGGUGCGUGGUCUACUUGAGAGAGGAGUCGAUGUUAACCUAUUUGACCUUGAAAGACACAGCGCUGCACAUUUUGCAGCCAAAGGUGGCUUUUUUGAGAUUCUGAGGAUUAUUUCAGCUUACAAUGGAGACUUGGGCCUGAUUGCUAUGAAUGGUAACACGCCACUUCAUUACGCUGCAGAGGGAGGAUUUGCAAAUUGCUGCAAGUUUAUAGGACAAAGAGGCUGUGAUCCUACAUGGACAAACUUGUUAACAAAGACCCCAAGAGCCGUUGCCAAGGAAGGCGGUUUUAAAGCAGCAGCAGCAGAACUGCGUAAAAUUGAAAAUGCCUUUAUAAAACAGUCCAAGCCUGGGGCUAAGGAGGACAACCCCCGCUGGGCACUGAGGCUGUACGACUGGUCCUUAGAGCACCAGGCUGCCCUCCGCAAGGAGUUUCAGGCCUUUGACCAAGGAGAUGGGACAGUGGCUAAAGAUGAUUUUAUAUCAGUUAUUCAGAAGCAGUGUGCCUUUGUGGACAUUGAACAAAUACAAACUAUUGCUGAAAUGCACGAAGGAUCUCACCCUCAGGGAAUCAACACUGAAGAAUUUUUUAAAGGCUCUAAAUACCUGCAGAAAAGCUGUCUUGUAACGUCCUUUGGACCGAAAGGGAAGAAGGGGAAGAAAGGAAAGAAACGAAGAGGCAAAAGAGGCAUCGCCAUCCCUGUGCCGAUCUGUGUUAUCCCAAAGAGCGCAUGUCCACGUAGGGAAGAUGGCUUCCCUGUGUACAUGAUUGAGGCUAUUCAGAACAUUGCUGAGAGCUACCAUUUUAACCGAGACCACCCAUCUGCUCAUCCUGUGCACGACAACCGUGCCUGGUAUAUAGAUGAGCCAAGGAAAAUGUACAUGAAUAUUAACUACCUUGUCAGAGCAGGAGACAUUCUGUCUCUACAGAAAGCAUUUGAGGAGGGUGUGCCAGUAGACAUAAAAGAUAAGUAUUACAAAACACCUUUGAUGGCUGCAUGUGCAAGUGGGAACAUAGAUGUUGUGCAGUAUCUUCUGGAAAAGGGGGCUGAUGUAAACGCAACAGACAAUUUCAUGUGGACUCCUCUCCACCACGCUUGCUAUAACGGACACAUAGAUGUUGCUGAACUGAUAGUCAAGGCUGGAGCGGCAGUGGAUGCACCUGCAAUAGGCAAUGCAACCCCACUAAUGAGAGCCAUUGAGAUCUGCAGAUUGGAUAUAGUCUGUUUUUUAAUCAGUGUGGGUGCUGACAUCCAAACGACAAACAGCAAUGGAAGGAAUGCUCUUGAUAUUGCUAAAGUAUUUGCAGAUUCUAGAAUAAUUGAUCUGCUCCAAAAUAAACUGGAAAAUUUGCCAAAAUCACCAGAAAAAAAAGCAGAGAAAGAAAAAGUUGUGAAGCCAAAGUCACCUUCUACACUGAUGCCUGUAGAGGUACAAGCCGUGAAAAAAAAGACUUCACAGGUAUCUCUGCCAGCUGUAGAAAAAUCCAUUCUUGAAAAGACAACACAUUCUCUUAAGGACAGCGUUAUUUAUCUGAACUCUUUGAUAACCAGUGGUGCUACAAAGAAAGAUGACAUUGCAUUUAAACCCAGAAAAAUUUGGGCCCCUGAAGCUGCAACAGAGGAGCUAAUAAGAAAGCAAGAAUUGCUCCGUGAACGCUUUAAUCUUGAUGACCACUCAGAAAGCUUCACGAGCCCCUUUAAUAGAAAAGUUACGGAAUAAGAACACCAGCUGGAAGAAGCUACUUCAGCACGUAUUUUGAGGGGACAAAGAUCAAAAAGGCUACUCCUCUGUAAGGAAGGAAUCAUGCAGUGCUCAGUAAAUGUAACUCAGUUGUGACAAAAAAAAAAAGUAGCAAGUUUUUAAUCUGUAGAUUAUGUUGCUUACACACAAUCUUUUGUUAAGGGCUUUGUCUGGAAAAAAGGUUUCCAAGUCUU